AACCACUCGAGUGUUGCUGUUCGGUGUACGGCAAAAGAAGAAAAACUGCAGACGUUUUAUUUCUGUAGCCGAAUACAAACCAAAGACAUAGAGUUUGCUGGAUACCCGCUGACACAGGUGUGCACUUUUGUUCAAGUCUUCAGAAAGGAUCGCAUCAAAGAAGACCGGAACAAAGCUCAGAUAUGUGGUGACACUGACGGCAAGAUGGAGUCUGAGUAUGAUGUGGUGGAUGACCAGGAGGAAGUGCACAAUGUGCGCAUAUUUCCUGCUAGGCCUAUAAAUGAUGAGAGAGAGUACGCAGACAGGGAUGUUCAGUGGUCAUCAUCUGCAUCAUCAAUCUCUACUCGUAGACCCCUUCCUAGAUGUCCACCCAGAGAGAGCCCUGAAUAUAAAGUUCCAGUUGUAAAUAGAGACAUAAAGCCAGGACGGCAAAAAAUUAAAAUGGAUAGGAGGCCCCCACCUUUGGAGUCAGAAGAGCAAGUAAACGUCUGUAAUUCUCGCAGAAGUUCUUCGCCACACCCACCUUCUGCCUUGGACGUAUCCGACAACCUUGCUGGGCUGGCUGUGCAUGAAACCUUCAGGAGUGAUAGACGAAUGAGAAACACCGAAAAAGCAGACUUCAGAUCACAUGCCAGAAGUCCACAGUCCACUAAAGAUGUUCCAGGCAUGCAGAACCAUCAACGACAUUCUUUGGAUUUGGAAACUCAUGACUUAGAAAAUAGGUCACAUCAACAUGUAGAAGGGAUGGCAUCCAGACGUCAUCACCAUGAGUGGCCUCAAACCAAAGAAGACAUUGAUCAAAAUGAUUUUGUUCCAAUGGACAAGCCUAAUACCUACUGUGAGGAAGACUGGUAUGUUGGACAUUGUAAUCGCACAGAUGCUGAGCACGCCUUACACCUGGUGAACAAGGAUGGGGCAUAUUUAGUUCGAGACUGCUCCAAUAACACCAACAGUGAACCCUUGGUAUUGGUCGUGUAUCAUGAGAAGAAAGUCUAUAAUGUAAAAAUCCGGUAUAUUGAGUCCCUCAGGAAGUACGCACUUGGAACAGGCCAACGAUCAAAUGAUAUGUUUGACUCCGUAGCAGGAAUCAUCAAAUUCCAUUCCAUUUUUCCAAUAACACUCGUCAGCGGGAGAAACGCAGCGAGCAGCAAAUGCCCAGAGAACUGUGUGCUGACAUGUCCAAUAACCAAAAGUGAUGUUAUACAGCUCCUGCAGUAACAUCUGCAUCUUCCAGCCAAGAAAAUGCUUUCAUCUCAAGCUAUUUCCCACAAUACUUUUAAAUUUCUGAGAAAAAUAUUGCACAUAGGUGUUCAGGGUGGAGUGCUGGGACCUGGUUAUCUUCAGUUGCACAAUUUAUGUCUAUUGUUAAUUAUGAUGACAUUGAAAUUGGUAUAUGAUUUGUUGUUAAUAAUGAUAAUAAAAAUUAUUCUUAUUCAUUUGCCUCCAAUUUUUGUGUAAUGUUUGCCAAGAUUGAAGUUGGGAAAUACAAUCUUUGCUCUAACCUGGAACUCAAAAUCCAAAAUGGCUGCCAAACACUUGAAAUCCUGUGACAGCUGCAGUAACGAGCAGGUUAUUUGCCCUUCAGGCAAUUUAAAUUCCAAUAAAUAUUCAAACACAUGCACAAACCUGAAUAUAAAAAAGUUUUAUCAAUGUUUAAAUACAUAAAUAUAAGGAAUUACAUCACUUUUAGCUUGUCUGGCUAACAAUCUGUUCAGUGAGGGCAACUGUUAAAUCCUACUUUCAACGUCUAUCUACAACAUGAUAAAAUGGAGUACUAACGUAUCACAAGAUUCAGUUUCCCAUUUUACAGGUCAGUUGAUCUUGCUUUUGGUUCACUGUUGUCGGGUUUCAUCUCUAAUAAAGGAAUGUUGAAGUAAUGUCCCUGUGCACAUUACACAGGAACAUUACUGUUCCUGUGCAAUGUGGAACAGUAGUUGUUUUGCUAACUGCAAUCGAGACCUCCCACAGUUGAGGGACCUUGCACAAAAUGUCAGAAAAAAAGUCAGAGAGUUAAUCUAUUCAUGUCUUCAAAGGUUUUUCAGAAACUGGAAUCUUUCUAGAUUUACAUUUUCGCAACCGUAUUUUGACAUCAUCUGCACUAAUCACCACACCCGUGUAAAUUAAAAGGGAUUAAAUUUACAUUUUAAAAUUGUUAUUUUCCAAGAGCAAGUAAAAACCAUUAAGUGUAUUAAUGAACACUGAUUCACCAGUCUGUGCAAGCUUUCUGUACAUCAUUAACUGUGAUAUUUCUAGAGCUCAUGUCUGAUGUUUGCAAACAGAUGAGUGUGUUGGAGGGGGCAAACAAUGUGAAUUAAAAGCUGAUGUUACACAUUUUUGCAGAGGAAACAGAACAUGUCAGUUAUUAAUAUAUUUCUUAUGUUUUAUUAGAAAAGAUGGAGUUACACAACUGUUAUAAAAGGAUGAAACACAAUAAUAAUGAACACUGAGCAUGUAUGAAAACCAAAAACACAUUUGGACUACAUGAUGACUAACUCUAGCACAAAUAAGAAGUAUUGUAAAGGCAAGGUCAAAUGUUUCUGACUCUUUGAAAUAAUUUAUAACAGUGACUGCACAGCAGCUUCAGAUACUGCAGCGUAAGGAGGGAUAUGAGGUGGUGACCAUUCUCCAUUUAGUAUGAACACCGUCAUUUGAUUUUACAUACAUAUAGGGUCUAUAUAUUCAAGUCUAUUUACAAAAACAUAACAAAAAAAAAGAAAAAAAAAAAGAAAUAGAAAACA